GAGCGUGAUUGUGUGAAGCGUCCAAUGGUCCAAGCCAAUUAGCCAAGGCGUGAGCGUGAGUGAGUGACGCUGCAACCUGCAAGACCUAGAAGAAGCCAGCGGCCAGCCGCCACCCGCCACCGCCAGGCACCUUUCUCCAAUCUCCAGUAUUCCAGUCCCCCUCGUCCUCGGUGGCGCGUGGUGGUGCCUGAGCCAGACGUCGGCCGCUUCUUCACCAAUCAUCAGGCCCCUGGCCGGUACCUCCAUCAUCAGAUCACCUACUCACCUGUCACCAGCUGCCGGCGACUAGGAGAUUGAAGGACGGCAGCCACAUCGGAAUCGUCGUGCAAUAUGCCAGAACCAGAGGAUAAUAUUGAGUCACUAGCUAACGGGGCUCAAUUUGAAAGUCAGGAGACAACAAUGGUGCAAGUAGAGACUCAGGUACAAGACAAAACUGACGACAAUAAAAAAAUGGUAAUUAAUGUGGAAGAGAAGGAGAAAGAGAAAGUCGAGAGGAGGGAGAUGGCUUCAAGGUCUGAGAUGUGGCAACAUUUUAUCAAGAUCAAGGAUGACAAAGGGUCUCUAAGGGCUGGAAGGUGCAAAUAUUGCCAUCGUGAAAUCAAGGCUGACACAAGGGGGCAUGGAACAUCUGCGUUGAAGAAACACUUUGGUACAUGCAAACGCAAUCCUCAUGUUUUCAACAAGGACUCAAAGCAAGGCACCUUGCAAGCAUGUCAUGGGGAAGCUCCUGCCACUUGGAGGUUUGAUCAAGAAGCACUUAGAGAUGCCUUUGCUGAGAUGGUAAUAGAAGAUGAGCAACCCUUUUGUUUUGGUGAGAAGCCUGGCUUUAGAAAAUUUAUGUCCAAAGCUUGUCCUCGUUUCCAAGUUCCAUCUAGGAGAACUUGCACAAGGGAUAUUGUACGUCAUUACUUUGAAGAGAAAGCCAAGCUCAAGAAGUUGUUCAAAGAUUCUUGUCAGAGAGUGUGCCUGACAACAGAUGCUUGGACUUCUCAGGUUCAAGAUGGAUAUAUGACUAUUACAGCAACUUUCAUUGAUGAAAACUGGAACUUGCACAAGAAAGUGAUAAGUUUUUUCAUGGUAAAGGGUCACAAGGGGGAGGAUAUUGGGAAGAACUUGACAAGAUGCUUAGCUGAUUGGGGUUUGGAUAGAGUAAUGACUAUAACCGUGGAUAACGCAAGUGCGAAUGACAGUGGUGUUGAUUAUUUGAGGAAGCAGUUGCAGAAAACCAACAUUGCCAAGGGCAAGUACUUGCAUAUGAGGUGUGCAGCCCACAUUGUGAAUCUUAUUGUAAGAGAUGGAUUGCAAGAAGUGGACCAAUCUAUUAAGCGUGUUAGGGCUGCUGUUAGAUAUAUCAAAAAUGGGACUUCAAGAUUGGUCAAGUUCAAAGAAAUCGCUCAGGAAGAGAAUGUGGACAGCAAAGCAUUUUUGAAACUUGAUGUGCCAACAAGGUGGAAUUACACAUAUUUGAUGUUGAAGGCUGCAAUUGUUUAUGAGAAAGUGUUUUUAAAAUUAGUUGAAGAUGACACAAAUUAUGUCAUUGAUUUGUCUGAAGUAAGAGAUGGUCCCGGGCAUCCUGAUGAAGAUGAUUGGGAUAAUGCAAAGAAGAUGGCACAAUUUCUACAACACUUCUAUGACCUUACUGUUCGUAUAUCUUCUUCUCUCCAAGUCACCAGUAACGGUUUCUUUCAUGAGAUAGGAGAAAUCCGUAUGCUGAUUCAAGAAUGGCUGAGUAGUGAAGAUAGUUUGCAAGUUUCAAUGGGGAACAGAAUGAAAGAGAAAUUUGAUAAGUAUUGGGGACUUUGGCACACCAACAGCAAAGACAAUGAGAAAGGACAUCAACAAGAGCAAGAAAGGGAUAAAGGGCGCAACAAAUACAAGGGAAAGGAGAAGGAGAAAGAGAACAUCAAUUUGUUGAUAUUUGUGGCUGCCUUACUUGAUCCAAGGUACAAGUUAUCUUUGUACACAAAGAUUAGUGUUGAAGAGAUAUUUGGUGAGGAAUCAGGUAAAUUGGUUUGGGAAGCAAUUAAUACUUCUGUGACAGAGCUUUUUGAAGAAUAUAAGACCAUGUAUGCUCCAAAUGAAGAAGUUGUUCAAGUGGUUGAUGUUGAUAAAUCUAAGAGAGUAUCACGAGGAAUGCUUAAAGAAAAAAUUGCAAAGAAGAUGAAAUUAAACAAUUGUUCUACUAGCACCAACAAAUCUGAACUUGAGAAAUAUCUCUCUGAAGAAACAGAAGACCCAGAGUCAAAAAUAGAUAUUCUUGCUUGGUGGAAAGUCAAUUCAAAUAGGUUUCCAGUUUUGGGUCACAUGGCUCGUGACGUGCUUGCUAUACCCAUCACAACAGUAGCGUCGGAGUCAGCUUUUAGCACAGGUGGACGUAUUUUGGAUGACUUUCGUACCUCUCUUACUCCGUUCAUGUUAGAGGCUUUAGUAUGCACACAAGAUUGGCUUCGAAGACCUACUGUUGACAUAAAAGAGAGUACGGAGGAAUUGGCAAUAAUAGAAAAGGAGUGGAUAGAAGAAUAUGGUGGCAAAGGAAAAAAGAAUGAUCAGCCAACUGUGACAGUGGGCAUAUCCAAGUCACAAACACCAAGCAGUAAUGUUCAGACCUCGACUAUGGCUCCACAGUCCACACAGUAAUUGAAGUUUAGAGUAUGGCCGACUGAAGGUCUACAACUAGGUUGCUGCCAGUGUUAGCCAGUCAAAGUGCCAAUGGAGCCCUGGAGAACAACUUGCGGAUCUAUGUUUUGUGACUGUUUCGGUCUUGUGGUUUGCAUUUGCAUGUCGCAUGUAAUGUGCUUAAGUAUCUUCAUUCACGUACUGUGUAAUGUGCUUAAGUAUCUUCAUUCACGUACUGUGUAGGUUGCUGCCAGUAUUUGCAUGUCGCAUGUAAUGUGUUCACGGUCCUGUUAAGUACUCAAGUUAUUAUCACCUGAACUUGUAAUGUGCUUUGGCGCCUUGGCGGUUUGACCUUUGGACGUCUGGAGUCUGGACUAUAAAUUCUAGUAGAAAAAUUCAGACAACAA